GGGAGCCCAGAGCUUGGGAAGAUGGCGAGAGGGUCGGGGACAAGUCUGCUGCUCUGGGCUGUGCUCCUGCAGUCCGGCCGCACGGCCGAUGGUCAGGGAACACCGGACCGGCUGAAUGGCUUCAGCCUCCACCCACCUUACUUGAACAUUGCCCAGGGGGCUGAGAUCUGGGCCACGGCCACUUGCGGAGAAGACGGAUCGCAGCGGCCCAGACGGGACCUUUACUGUAAACUGGUAGGCGGGCCGGCCGCCGGUGCCUCCAGCCAGACUAUCCAGGGACAGUUCUGCGACCACUGUUUGUCUGACGAUGUGUACAAAGCCCACGCGAUCACCAACGCCAUCGAUGGCACUGAACGCUGGUGGCAAAGCCCUCCGUUGUCUCGUGGACUUCACUACAAUCAAGUUAACGUCACCCUCAACUUCGGUCAGCUCUUCCACGUGGCUUAUAUCCUUAUCAAGUUUGCAAACUCUCCACGUCCUGACCUCUGGGUUCUUGAGCGAUCAGUCGAUUUUGGAAGAUCCUACAAGCCAUGGCAGUACUUUGCUCAUUCCAUACGUGACUGUGUAGAACAAUUUGGGACAAGAGCCCACAGACAGAUUAUAAAGGAUGACGAUGUCAUCUGCACCACGGAGUUUUCACGGAUUUUGCCACUGGAGAAUGGGGAGAUCGUUGUAUCGUUGGUGAAUGGUCGGCCUGGCUCCACCUCCUUCAAUGACUCUCCUGUUUUAAGGGAAUUCACCAAAGCUACAAACAUCAGACUUCGAUUUCUCCGGACUAAUACCUUGUUGGGUCAUCUGAUAUCUAAGACUCAAAAGGAUCCAACAGUAACUCGAAGGUAUUAUUACAGCAUCAAGGACAUCAGUGUUGGGGGCCGCUGUGUUUGUAACGGACAUGCAGACUCCUGCCAAGCCCAGAACCCACAGAACCCCUUCCUGUUGCAGUGUAAGUGUCAGCACAACACCUGUGGAAUAUCCUGUGAACGUUGCUGUCCUGGGUUCAAUCAGAAGCCAUGGCAACCAGCUACAACCUCAUCGGCCAACAACUGCGAACCUUGUAACUGCCACGGACAUGCCAAGGAUUGUUACUACGAUGCUGUGGUGAGCCAGAGGAGAGCGAGUAUGAACAUCCAUGGGCAGUACGAAGGUGGAGGUGUUUGCUUGAAUUGCCAGCACCACACAACUGGAACAAACUGUGAGCGAUGUGCCCCAUUUUAUUACCGGAGGGCAGGAGUUCCCAAGGAUGCACCGGAUGGCUGUGUAGCCUGCAGGUGUAACCCGGAAUUUGCUGAGGGUUGUGAUGAGACCACGGGGGUCUGUCGGUGCCAACCACGGUUCAGCGGGCCGGAGUGCAGCCGCUGUGCGCCAGGACACUACAACUUCCCCCAGUGCAUUCGGGGUCCAUUUUACAUCACACCCCGUCCGGUUACCAUGGUCCCAACACCUGGACCUUACUACAAUUGUAGGUGUAAUGUCCAGGGCACUGUUGGGAACACCUGCUAUGUGAAUCCUGACAUCCAGCGCUGUGAGUGCAAACCUCGGUACAUGGGCCCCUAUUGCAGGCAAUGUACUGCAGGAUACUACGGGAGACACUGCCAACGCUGCCAAUGUUACCACUCUGGUGUGUCUCCCCAAGUGUGUGACCCAGACACUGGGCGGUGCUUGUGUCGAAGAGGGUUUGAAGGCUACUUCUGUGAAAGGUGUUCGCCUGGGCACUACCAGUUCCCCUUCUGUAAGCCUUGCCAGUGCUCUUCUGAAGGUUCCUAUGAUGCUGCAUGUGACCAGACCACUGGGCAGUGUAGAUGUCAACCACACUUCACCGGACAGCGUUGUAAUACCUGUGUCUCCAGCACCAACGUUUUCCCCCGUUGUCAAGUGACUGACUGCCGGUCACCUGGGACAACGAGUAAUUCUCCCUCAGCACUUUCUGCUUCCUGCCAAUGCUUACCAAAUCUUGGGGACGCUAAGUGUGAGAAGUGUAAAGCACUCUACUGGAAGGCAGAUGAAGGUGGUCCUGAUGACUGCAUUGAAUGUGGCUGUGAGGUGAGCGGUACAGUUAGUGGGAUCGCAGAGUGCCACCAGGGCAAUGGCAAAUGUUACUGUAAAUCCAACGUGUGUGGGGAGCUCUGUGACUGGUGCGUGGAAGGACACUACAACUUAGAAGAGAAGAACUACUUUGGUUGCCAAGGCUGUGGAUGUGACAUCGGAGGGUCUGUUAAUCUUACCUGCAGCAUCACAAAAGGGACCUGCCAGUGCAGAGCGAAUAUUGAGGGGCGAGCCUGCAACAAGUAAGUGAGAUCUAAACAGUCUUCUACUUCUCAAGGAGCUAGGCACAGGAUUAGAACACCCAAAAUAAAGUUUCAGAAACAAGAGCCAUGGUUAACUUCACUUUUGCAGAGUAACGUGAGGGUAACAGUGCAUGUGAACGGUAGAAACCGCAAUUUAUUCCGCAUCACCCUCCGAUAUAUUAACCCGGGAUUCACUACAGUAUAUGGUCGUCUGACAGUUUACCAAGUCCAACAAAGCACAGUGUCUCCGCAGAUAAAAGAAAUCAUCUUUGCUCGCAGUAAGGAACCUUCUUUCGUCACUGUCUCAAGGAGCAACUACGGUGACCCUUUCGUGUUCACUCCUGGGAAUUGGACUGUCAGCAUUGAGGCAGAGGGCGUGCUGUUGGAUUAUCUGGUCCUGCUGCCUAGUGAAUAUUAUGAAGCUCCCAUUUUGCAGUUUCAAGUGACGGAACCCUGCCUGUACACAGCUGAACCAAUGCAACGGGGCCAAAAUUGCUUGCUGUACAAGUACCUGCCCCUGGACUCUUUUCCAGCUUUAGGAGUCAAUGAUGGUGUGUACAGAGUGGACGGCAAACUGCAGGCUACGGACCAGCUGCUAAGAUCUGCCCAGUCAAUGAUGGCCGACCUUACUGGCAGACAGGUUCAGGUGCGGUUUAGGAUUCAGCUUCCUCAGCCAGGACAGUACGUUCUUGUCCUAGAAUAUGCUCGCCAAGGAGAGGAGAUACAGUACCUUGAUGUAGCUCAGCAUGGCCCUCCGGAUACAGCCGAUCAUGGGAAGUUUAAUCUGUACAGCUGCAGAUACAGUUUCUUCUGUCGGAGUGUGGCAGUUGACCACCAGAAACGCAUUGCAAUAUUCGAGUUGUCUUCUGACACUGAGCUCCAUCUACAGGGAACGUCCAUCAGCUUUUUACUACACCAAGUUUACUUAAUACCAGCUACUGAAUUCUGUAUCGAAUACGUGGAACCGAAAGUCCAUUGUGUUGCCAUUCAUGGACCCAUCACAAACAGGAGCUCAUGUGUUGCAUCCAAAUAUGAAACACCACUGUCCGCUGUGAGAUUGGGGAAAGGGGAGCUUUCAACAGCCAGUGAUCAUUUCCAACCCUACUCUUCCAACGAUCUACAGAUCCUGUCCCAGCACCCUCCCACCAUGGUGGAACCCGGAGACAUUAUUUUGCUGAAAUCGCCUGAGAAUCAGAUCACCUUUAACACCAGAGUGCUAAACGCAGGCAAAUAUGUGGUCCUCGUACAUUUUUAUCAGCCUUUGUAUGCCGCAUUCCCAGUGAAGGUGACGGUGGAUGGAACUGGCCCCUACAGUGGAUCCUUCAGCGCUUCCUUCUGCCCACAUGCCUUUGGGUGUCGCACCCAGGUCAUAACAGGAAAGAGAAUAGAGUUUGAUUUAAGGAAUCAAGAAGUGUCCCUGACCCUCACUGUUCCCAAGGACAAGGCACUUUGGGUGGAAUGCAUCUUAAUCGUUCCUUCAGACAGUUACAGCCCUGACUUACAAAAUGAGAAGCCUCUGGAUAAGUCAUAUGACUUCAUUACUGCCUGUGGUGGGAACAGCUUUCACAUUGAUCCAGAGACAUCGUCCAACUUCUGCCUGGACUCUGCGAAGUCACUGGUGGCUUUCUACAACGAUGGUGCUCUGCCUUGUCAGUGUAACAGGGAAGGUGCGACCAGCCCUGAGUGUAAACCAUUUGGAGGGCAGUGUUCUUGCCGACCCAAUGUUAUUGGGCGUCAGUGUGACAGAUGUGCCACCGGCCACUACAUGUUUCCCAUCUGUCGACCCUGCAGUUGUGGCCAGCGCCUGUGUGAUGAGCGGACCGGACAAUGCAUCUGCCCACCUCGGACAGUCAAACCCAAGUGCAAGACUUGUGAGAGGCAAACCUUCAGUUACCAUCCGUUGGCCGGCUGUGAGAAGUGCAACUGUUUGACAGAGGGCAUCAUCAACCCUGCCAACCCCAAGUGCCAUCCCAGGACAGGGCAAUGUCGGUGCAAGCCACAAGUAACGGGUCGACGGUGUGACAGAUGCUCAGUGGGCUUCUCCCGCUUCCCAGAGUGCAUUCCAUGUGACUGUAACCGUGAAGCAACGCAGCAGAAUGCGUGUGACCCUGUAACCGGACGCUGUCUUUGCAAGGAGAACGUAGUGGGCGCCCGGUGUGAUACCUGUCGACCUGGCUCAUUUCACCUGGACCCAGACAAUCCGAAAGGCUGCACAAGUUGCUUCUGCUUUGGAGUGACCAAUCAGUGUCGAAGCUCUGAUAAAUCCAGGACAAAGCACAUGGAAAUGAUGGAGUGGAAAUUGAUCACAGCGGAUAAGUGGGGUAUUCGGGUUGUCUACAACCAACGAAGCAACACGAUGGUGGCUGAUGUCCAAGAACUACCUGACAUGUUCCGUGAUUUACACUGGGAAGCUCCAGAGUCCUACCUGGGAGACAAGCUCUCAUCGUAUGGAGGUUUCCUGUCCUACCAAGUCAAAUCUUUUGGCUUACCAAGUGAAGGGAUGACUUUACUCAACAAGAGAGCAGAUAUCCAACUGAGAGGUGAAAAGAUGACCGUUGUCUACUUUGAUUCAAAGAGCCCAGCCCCAGAUCGAGUUUAUCACGGACAGGUGCAGCUUCUGGAGGAUAAUUUCAGGCACGCUGUGAUCAACACCCCAGUAUCCAAAGAGGACUUCAUGCUGUUGCUCAGCAACCUGGAAGGUCUUCAGAUCCGAGCUCUGUACUUCUCCCAGACACAGCGCCUCUCACUUGGAUCUGUGCAAAUGGAGGAAGCCUCUCUCUCUGGGACAGGAAACCCAGCCAGCAAUGUGGAAGUGUGCACCUGUCCCCCCAACUACUCAGGUGACUCCUGCCAGAGGUGUGGCCUCGGAUACUACAGAGAAUAUAAAGAUUAUUUCUUGGGUCGAUGUGUACGCUGUCGCUGUCACGGCCAUUCAGACCGAUGUGAAGAUAGAACCGGAAGAUGCAUUGGCUGUCAAGAUAAUACAGAAGGGAAUCACUGUGAACGAUGUCAAGCAGGUUUCUAUGGAAAUGCUGCCCAGGGUGUCUGCAGCCCUUGUGCUUGUCCACACACACAUCCCUCUAACAACUUUGCCACACAUUGUGAUGAGAUCGAGGGUGCCAUGAAGUGUUCCUGUAGAACGGGCUACACCGGGACAAGCUGUGAGAGGUGUGCUCCCGGUUACUUUGGGAACCCGAUGGAGAUUGGGAGCAAAUGUCGGAAAUGUCAGUGCAGCAAUGCAGACCUGAGCAGCUGUGACCCCCUGACAGGACAGUGCAACAAUUGCAAAGAUUGUACAAACGAGGAACCAAAAGAUACCAGUUCUGAUGAAAAGUGUGACACUUGCGACAGCUGUGUGGAAACACUCUUAUAUGACUUGGACCAGAUGGAUUCUGACAUUCAAAAAAUCAAACUGCAGUUUCAAAAUGCAAACGUCAGUGUCAGUACUCACCUUCGUAUGAACAAUUUGGAUAAGGCCAUAAAACGAACCAAGGAUGAACUGGAUGAUUAUCGAGCUAUAGUUGAUGAUCAGGUGAAAAGGACUGACAAUCUGGAGAGUGACAGUAUGAAUCUCAUUCAAGAUAUUAAUGCGCUCGAAGAAAAGGCAGAAAAGAAUUCCCGCAGCACCCAGCAGCUGCUCACAUCGAUUGAUGAGACCACGCGACAGGCGCGAGAGAUGCUGACCAACAUUGAAAAUGUGGCGUCUGCCAUCUCAGAUCUCAUUAAGAAACUGAACACCAUUGACUCAGGGACCAGUGUGCAGAAAUUGGCUGAGGUUGAGCGAAUGCUCAAUGAGAUGAGAAACCUCGACUUUGAUAAAGAGAAGGAAGUGGCUGAAAGAGAGAAGACGGAGUCGGAGAGAUUGCUUGAUCGUGUUAAGAAUAUCCUAUUAAAAGAUAUCGACAAGAACAAAUUGCUUGCCACUGAUAUAAAGAAUGCAUUAAUUUUAUAUCUGUCCAAACUAAUGGAUCUUCAAGAGUCAAUGAAUGAAGCAGAAAACUUAACCAGAAAAGCUGAAGAUAUUAACAAAAUCAACUCCAUCGCAUUAGAAGCUAUUAAGGAAAAGCAUGAUGAAUUGGAAGAUAAAAAGCUGGAAACCUCAAAUUUGAUUAAAAUGGCUGAUGACACUAUCAGCAAAUUGAAAAACAUGCUUCGUAUGCUGGAUGCUAGCCAGGAGGACUAUGAAAGACAGGGAGCUGAGUUAGAUGGUGCCUUAACAUCGCUUAAUGAAAAGACUAAACACCUCAUGGAAGCAACCAGCAAGGAGCCCAUUGUGAUCCAAGCAGAAGAGCAUGCACGCAAAUUGGAUCAGCUCUCGAAGGAACUGCAGAGAGUCACAGAGGAAGUAAACCAGGACUCCUUACUGCAGCGAGUUAUCAAUGCUUCUAAUGCCUACGAGGAUAUAAUCAACGCAGUGAAUGAAGCGGAAGCAGCAGCAAAGAGGGCGGAUGGAGCGGCAGAUGAAGCUCUGCAGACAGUGGUGGAUCAAGAUUUGCCUGGACAAGCGGCUGAAGUCAACAGACAGAGUGACAGAGUCUUGUCCUUGACAAAAAAUGCUAAAGAGAUGCUAGAGACAGAUGUAAUUCCGAGUCUCCAAGAUAUGAAAAAACGCCUUGAGGAUGGGACUGAGAAGAAAAACCAAUUGGAGACCGAUCUCGCAAGUCUUCAGCAGAAGCUGAAGCAAAUAAACAGAGAUGAUGUGGGGCAGACCUUAGUCCAAGCGAAUGCCACGGCCAAAGGAGCGAAAGACAUUGCGGCUGGAGUGAUGGCUAAAUUGCAACCAAUAAUCAUUGAAGUAGGAAACUUAAACAGAACUUCUCAAACCAUUCCAAACAUUACUGAUCUUAACACAGUGCUGAAUGAAGCAGAAGAAUCAGUGAAGAAUUUAACCGAGAGCCUACCUGGACUGAUGCAGAGGCUGAAGGAUCUGAGCCAAAUACAACCUGUUAACAAUAUCUCCAAAAAUAUAAAUCGUAUCCGGGAGCUCAUUGACCAGGCCAGGGAAGCUGCAAAUAAGAUAAACGUGGCAAUGAAAUUCAAUGGGGAAUCUGGAGUAGAGGUCCGACUUCCCACUAACCUGGAUCACUUGAAAGCUUACACAUCCCUGCUCUUGUAUGUGAAGCAGCCAGCCAUAUUACGAGGGGACAACAGGAGACGGAAGCGACAGGAAUCUGAGAACAUGUUUGUUUUCUAUCUAGGGCAUAAGAAUACUUCCAAGGACUACAUGGGGAUGAUGUUGAAGGAUAACAAGCUGGUUGCCAUCUACAAACUGGGAAGUGAAGUGAGCAAAAUUGAAGACACGAAGACCGUCGAUAAUGAAAUCUUUGACCACAUCAGAUUUGAGAGGAUCAUGCAGUACGGGUCUCUGAACAAUAGACAGGUCAGCCUCUCCACCGGCAAGCUCAUCAACAGCCAACCACAGUUUAAAACUGCAAAUGGAAGUGACCUCUUGCUCAACCUGGAUCCAAAGGAAGCUGUCUUCUACGUUGGAGGAUUUCCCCAGACAUUUACGCCUCCUAAUACAUUAAGUUAUCGAGGAUAUAAAGGCUGCAUUGAACUUGGCUUUCUGAAUGAAAAACUAAUCAGCCUGUAUAACUUUAAGGAAAUAUACAACAUUAACACUACAAAAGAGAAACCCUGUCAAAGGUAUAAACCAACCAAGGAACCAGGAAGUGAUGGCUUCUAUUUUGAUGGUACUGGAUACGCACUUAUAAACCUGACCAGUUCUGUGAAGAGCUUAAAGAUCGAACAAACUGUUCAAACUUCCACAAGAGAUGCAGUGCUGUUAUACUUUGAGAAAUCGAACACAAGCUGUGCUCUAACCAUUGAGGGUGGAAAACUGGUGUUCAGGUACAAUCUCAAAUCAAAUAAUGCCAGCCUUAUCAUGUCAGAGGAAGAAUUGGACCUCACUAAAGAGAAUGUGAUCAAGUUCCGAAUGAUAAGUUUGAAAGACAACAUGCAGGUUGCUGCAACCAUCGGCAAUCAACUCUUCAUGAAUGCUAUCAUCGAUAUCAAAGAACUUAACUUCCCGAACUAUUACCUGGGCGGAAUACCAAAGAACAUUAAGGAAAGUUUAAACAUGCCUGUGAAAUCUUCACUGAGAGGCUGUGUGAAAAAUCCAAAGGUAUCCUCUAACAACAAAGACCUAUCCAGAGAAUAUACCAUCGGAGUUAGUAAAAGAUGCUCACAAGAUUUGUUGUUGGUACGGAAUGCCCACUUCACCGGCAAGGGGUUCCUGGGCCUGAAUGCCUCCAGCAUUUCCUUCCCUGACGACUUCCACAUCGGAUUCGGUUUCUCCACAAGUCAGCUCAACGCCCUGCUGUUCUCUUAUGAAAAGGACCUUCUUGAAGUCUUUCUGGAUAGUGGAAAAGUGAAGGUGAAGGUUCUGGGGGAAACACUUACAUCUAAAAGCUCUUUCAAUGAUGGCACUGACCAUUAUGUCUCAGUCCAGAGACAGGGGGACAGGGUCUACUUAAAUGUAGAUGACCUGGACCGGAAUGAAACAACAGUGGAAUCGAAAGUAUAUGCCCCACAAGACACAGUGUACUUGGGAGGGAACAAAAGUGUACAGAACUUUGAUGGCUGUAUCAACAAUGUCUUUCUGAAUAAGGUAAACCAAACUGCUAAAGUUGAAAAUUUUGUAUUUUUGACUGAGGAUUCCAAUGUAAGGCUGGAUACAUGUCGCCAACAGAGAGCUCCAGAAAUGCUCAUGUUGAAAGAAGGCAGAAAGCCAAACGGCCAGGAAACCGUGAAGAUUAUUAAGCAGAAUGGAAAGAAUCACAAAGUUGUUCCUGAGCAUUCAACGAAAGAAAGUACAGGCCAGGAGUUUAAUGGAUGUCAGAUGUCAUGGCAACCAAAGGCAAUCAAUGGAGCCUACCAAUUUGGAAAUUCACCGUAUAGUCGACUGGAGUAUGAUCACAUUCCCAAGUCCUUUAAUGAAAGGUCAAAGUUUUCCAUUGAUGUGCGGACAUUCGCCCCAGAAGGAGUCAUCUUCUAUGUGGCAGAUGCUUCAGAGAAAUCCUACAUGACCCUCUAUGUUUCAAGAGGCCGCUUUUUCUUUGUCUUCGCUGUUGACGGGAAGCGACUGAAAAUCCGAAGCAGGUCGAAACAUAAUGAUGGGCGGUGGCACACGGUGGUGUUCAGUCGUGAAAAUAACAGAGGGAAGCUUGUUAUUGAUGGGCUUCGGACACAGCAGGACACUGUGGCCAGUGAUCCAUUCCUGAAAGUGGAAUCACCAUUCUACCUGGGUGGAUUACCCCCUGAGAAAGGACAGCACAGUCACAAGUUGCCACGACAGAGCUUCCAUGGAUGUAUAAGGAACUUUAAACUGGAUGGUAAUCAGAUGCACCCUCCCUCGCGGACGUUUGGAGUCACACCGUGCUUCGAUGGCAGCAGUGAGCCAGGAGCUUACUUCGCAGCAGAAGGAGCACAUCUUGUUUUAGAUAACUCAUUUGUGGUGGGAAAGGAUUUUGAGCUCCUCUUUGCGGUGCGCCCUCGAACUCAGACUGGUGUUCUCUUCCACAUCAACAGCCCUCAUGGAAACUACCUCAGUCUGUAUAUGUACCAAGGAAAGGUUACAGUCCAUGUUAAUAAUGGAGCAGGUGACUUCAACACAUCUGUCACACCACCCUCACUGUGUGACGGACAGUGGCACAGAAUAGCAGUGAUUAAAAGAAAUAACGUUGUACAGCUUGAUGUGGACACUGAACGCGACCAUGUUGUUGGACCCUCGGCUUCACUCUCCACCGACACAGCAGACCCUCUCUACGUUGGAGGGUUGCCAGAUGGCAUACAGGUACCUCACAUCCCAUCACGCUCUUCAUUCAUUGGCUGUAUGAGGAACGUAAUGGUCAACGUGAAGCCAGUGUCGCUCAGGAAACCCACAGCAGUUCAAGGUGCUGUCAGCGUUACUCAGUGUCCUGCAGUGUAAAUCAUCAUUGCUGCUACGCCUCUGAAGAUAAUUCCUUGCACUUGUUGCCAAUAGAUGAUUGAAUCUCUAUCAAGACGCAGAACUAUUAAUUUAUUGUAACUCGAAUUUGCAUUUUUCUAGUUUAGUCCAGUGAAUUUGAUGCAUUUAUGUUUGGCUUAAAGUAACUGCAAUUAUUUUACUAUUAAACGAGAAAAGACCCACUAAUUCUGUGAAAAAUGAAUCAAGUAUUUUAUUUCCUAUCUGGUGCUGUACUCUGUGGGGCCAAAUAUAUUACUAAAUUUUGCUGCUAAUUUUAUAUUUUUAUACUUGAAUGAUUAAUAUGCAAACUAUUUAAAUAAAACUUGAUUCAGUUA